AAGAAAGGCUGAAAGUUGAUGAGAGUCGUUGCGGGCGCUUCAAACUAAUUCACUUUACUGAUAACGGCUAAAAGUGGAGCUCUAUGAUGUUAUGUUGAGGCUUGGAAAUCUCUUCAACUGCUUCGGAGGUAACCAGUGAACAAUCGCUUCUUCUUUCACCUGUUUAGGUGAUUGCCGGUCCGCGAGACCGGACACUUGCAUCUUUCUUAGACACAGUUAGUAGUAACUCACCUGUUUAUUGUGUUAGACGUAGAUUUCCUCGUGGUAAGCUGUUUCGGACUCAAUGUAUCUUGGAUGCUAACGGACUUCUGGUUUUCUUGAAAUGGAUGUUAAUGUUCAAUUUGGCUCGGCCUCACUUCGCUUGUGAAGCAUUGAAGUGGAGUUUGAACGUCGAUAGUGCACGGGAGUGUUGCCUGAAUUUAACGCUACAUGAAACUGACCGUAGUGAGAGUAAAUAGCGAAUUUACCAGGUUAUGAGACGGAAGUGAACUUGCGAAUAUCGUAAAGCACAUAAUCACAAUAAUUCGGUUAUUAACCAGAAGAUUUCCUAGUGGUGCACUUUCGUGAAUGAACAUCUGAAUAGUUGCAAUUCCUGCGAUUUGUUUCCUGUUUCGAGUGCGACUUGUCUCAAGUGUCCACGCAUCGCUGGUUGCAACAUCGAAAGGAGAUGGUUGUAAUUAAGUGUGACGAAUAUUAACAAAGUGCGAAUAAUAUUGUUUCCGCGUGAGAUACAUCCAUAGGUGUCUGAGAUUAUGAGGUGGUGUUGUGAAGUGUGAAAAGUAAUGAAUUAAGUCAAAUGCGUACUUAGUUAGGUCAUAAGGAAAUCAAGUGCAAUAUAAUUCGUAACCACACCAAAUGGAGUGCAACCAUGUUGCUGUUUAGAAUGGAAUCAAAAAUGGAUUUGAGGAUAACAAAGAUGCUCCGGAAACUACUUUGGAUUUGGAUUAUCUUCUUGGUUUUCGAACAGAAUCAAGCAUGUGUUUUUCAUACACAAAAUGGAUUAAAGACUGAAGCCGAAGGUGUAAGAUUCAUACGAGUCCGAGAGGAUCUUGAACCGGGCAAUGAAAUUCUCACGCUAAAUGCCUACCCCAGAUCAUCAUUUGUGAUCCGAGGAGUAGAAAGAUCACAUGACCAUAAGUACUUUACGGUCAAAGAGGUGAACUCAACUACAGUACAAAUUUUACUCAAUAAAUCACUUGAAGACUUAGUGGAUCAGGAUGUUCCACAAAAUCUAUUGAAAUUCAGAUUAUUAUGUACUGGAAAUGAUGAGGUCGCGUACAUGUCAGUCACAGUUUACAUCGAGGAUAUAAACGAUCAUUCGCCAAAAUUCGUAGGUGAUCCAUAUGUUGUUGAAGUGGAUGAGUCGACACCACCAGGAACUACAAUAUUUCAAGGAAUCGCAGUUUUUGAUCGUGACAAGCCAAAUACGCCAAAUUCAGAUGUUCAUGUUACAUUCGGGCAAUCUGAUCAAUCCUCUGCAAACUCAUAUUUCACAUUAGAAAGCCCACACCGACCCUAUGUUAUCCUGAAACGACCGUUAGACUUUGAUAAUGGAAUGCGGGAAUUCAAAUUAACGCUGACGGCCUCGGAUAGAGGGCUGCCCAUAAGAACUACAGACACAACAUUGACGAUAAUAGUAAAGGAUCACGAUGAUUUACCGCCGAAGUUUACUGAAGGUGUAUACAGGACAAAGAUCAACGAGUUUUAUCCUAUGACUGGUCGCAUACUCGAAAUUCCUCUGCGUUUCGUCCCACCAAUCCAAGCCUUCGAUCAGGAUUCCCUGAAUGCAUCUCUGAUGUACGACAUAAUAUCAGGAAAUGAACGGAAACUUUUCAAAGUUAAUCCUAACAAUGGUCAAAUGUUCCUCAUUAAAGAAAUAGACCUUGAAGAAGAGAGUCUUCCAGGAAACACACUCGUGUUGCAAAUUGAAGCAAGACAACGGGAUACACCGCUAAAGAGAGCAGUGGCCAGAGUCGAAAUUGAAAUUUUGGAUCUUAACGACAAUGCACCAGAAUUCGAAGUCGACCUUUACAAUAUUUCGAUCGUGGAGAAUCUUCCCAGUGGAUUUAGUGUCCUGCAAGUGAAUGCCAUAGACCGUGAUCAAGGCGAAAAUGCAGAGUUCUUUUAUAAUGUGUCAGCUGAAAAUCCUAGAGGAGCAUUCGUAAUCGAUCCUCGUACAGGAUGGAUAACUGUUCGUGACCACACUCUCCUUGAUCGUGAGGUUCGCAAAUCUAUUACCAUGACUAUUAAAGCGGUUGAAAGAAUUCCACCAUACGAUAAACGCUCUGAAAAGUCUGGAACGGUGCAGGUGGAAAUUACCCUUCUCGAUUCCAAUGAUAACACUCCACAAUUUGAAAAUGGCAAUCUCUACGAGUUCAAGGUUAAUGUUAAUGCUAUUAUGGGAAGCGUUAUUGGGAAAGUUUCUGCAGUCGAUCCUGAUCAAGGGAGAAAUGGAAUGAUUACAUAUGAACUUCAGAGACCAAAGGGGAGCGGCUACAUUCCAUUUAGAUUGGACUCUCAGACUGGAACUAUGUUCGUGUCAGGACCUUUGAGGAAAGGAAGAAUUGCUCUUUUCGUGGAGGCAUCUGAUCAGCCUACAAACCCAUCAGAAAGGAGAUUUUCGUUGGCAGUUGUCACAAUCGAAGUUCAUAACGCUUUAGAUGAAGAUACAGUUGAUUUCGUAGGAGCACCAUACGAGUUUUGGGUAGGGGCUGAUGUUUCUGUCGGUACUUCUGUCGGGCAAGUCAGGACAACCAUCGAUUACGACGGCAACAAUGGUGAAGUUAUGUACGAUUUAUUGCAUUCAUAUCCCGAAGGAGUUCCAUUCGCAAUUGAGGAGAGAUCAGGGAUAGUUACAGUCAUCAGAAAUCUAGAAGACUUUGAUAGAAUGAUUUAUUAUUUUGAAGCUGUUGCCAAUGUUGAGCCAAAAAUCAACACGAGCAAACCAAAAAGUCGACUGGUUAGAAGGACUUCCAAAUCGGAAAAGCAGAUUACGAGAAAUGGAGAGGUGAUUGAAAUAGAUGAGGGGGUCAUCUCAGACACUGAGAAUGUUCUAGUGACAAACGUUACAAUUCAUGUGGUUAGUCCCAACGAUGAGCGUGGAAUAUUGAUGAGGGGCUCAAAUUAUCACCCAAUCGAAUUUCAUGUAAAGGAGAAUUUAGCAGGAGCAAUAAUUGGGAGACUUCUAUAUAAAAAUAGUUCCAAAGGCCUUGACGGACCAUUGGAUUUCUCAGAUAUUGUCGGCCAAUCACAUAAUCCUCGUCAAGAUCGAAUACCCCAACAAAAGCUCCCACGUAAUUCCUCAUUCACCCAACGAAGCACUUCCAAACGGUUAAAACGUGACACUACACAAGCACCCGUUACAGAAGCUGAUAAAUCAUCUGAAGCACUGAACACUGCAGAAUCUCAGGGUCUUGGUCAAGGCAGAGGCUAUUUGUCCUAUACAACAAAACGAGUAACCACGUGGAAACCAAAGGUUACAACUCGAAGAACUACUAGUUCUUACGAUUUUGGCGCACUAUCUUCACAGCCCGCUGCUGCCGGUAGCACAAAUAACCCGGUCUACAGUGCAUACAGAGGCCAUGCACGAAAUGAAACCGGUCAACCCUUAUCGGAUUUGUCAGAGAACGGGAAACAAGAUAAACCCAUGACACUCAGAUUUCUUAUUGCGAAUCAGCCAGACGUCGCGGCUAAGAUUACAAUUACAGAAGAUGGCACUCUUAUGACUCUAACCGGAUUAGAUCGUGAGAUUCGUGAUCUUUAUCAGUUGACAAUAAUCGCUGAGUAUUCUAAAGGAUUUUCAAGUGGGGCUGGCAUAUAUCAAGUGAAUGUGCAUGUAGACGACGUCAAUGAUAACCCUCCCGUAUUCGAUCAUUUAGUGUAUUCUGGAAUUAUUUCAGAGAAUAGUCUGGUAGGCACGGAAGUAGUUUUGAAUAGAGUCAUCCGUGUGACCGAUCCGGAUGCUGGAAGGAAUGCAGAAUAUACACUUUCCUUGUCUGGUGAAGGAAGCCAGAUGUUUAAAAUAGAGUUCGUAAAUGCUUCUUUGCCCGUUAAUAGUACGCUCAACUCACUACCUUACCCUGAAUCUCAGGAGAGAUUCGAUAUUGAAAAGAGUUUCAUCGCAAUGGAGCUAGUUCUUUUAAAUCCGAACCAAAGUCUUCCCAGAGGUCCUCAUCAUAUUAUUCGUUACGUCGGCACUAAUAACUUGGAUCGUGAAAGAGAAAGUUUUUACAAACUGACUAUGACAGCAGUCGAUACGGGACGACUUCGAUCAACAGCAAUACUAAACAUAUUAGUGGCAGACGUUAACGAUAAUGCUCCGAGUUUUGAAAAAAUCUCUGUUUACAAAAAUUCAGGGAUAGAGAUUAUCGAGUAUACUGACGACUUAGAAAUCGUUCUGGCAGAAAGGACGACGCCACGUCCACCGACGAGCAAACCGCUAGGAGAGUUUUCAAUAGCUGGAGGCACACCUAGACUGGCUAAUGAUACCAGAACUGCACGGAGCAGAAGGGCUGGCUUCCGCAACACACGGGCUCGACCAAACAGGAAACUGAAAACUACACCUCUCUUCUCAAUUCCUGAGAAUGUUCCGGUGGGGACGCCUGUGAUUAUGGUCACAGCAAUAGACGACGAUACCGAUAAGAAUGCUCAAGUUUUUUAUCAGAUUACAUCCCAACAAGUUUUGCCCAACAGUAAUUUCCGUUUUAAAUUGAAAAAUGUUCAGUUCUUUACCAUCGAUCGAUUGUCUGGUGAAAUUAGGAUCACGCAGCCCCUUCAAGCAGAAACGGAGAUAAUACUCAAUUUAACUGCCCACGAUAUAGGGGACCUCUCAGACAGUACCACCAUUCGUUUCAAAGUUAUUGAUAUUAAUGACCAUCCACCGGUUUUCAAAAAAUCAUGGUAUUCGUUCGAUCUAGAGGAAGGUAUGUACUAUGACCAGACAAUUGAUAAAAUCGAAGCAACUGACGACGACUACGGACAAAACGCUAACAUCACAUACCGAAUCGUUAGCGCUGAACCAAUACCCUUCCAUAUUUGGUCGAGAAAUGGAGCUCUAAGAGUAAAUGGCGAUCUAGACCGAGAAAUGAAAUCUGAAUAUCUAUUCCAUAUAAUAGCUUCAGAUAAUCCAGUGACAGAACCUCAGCUCUCAAGUUCCGUAGAAGUCGAAAUCAAUAUAUUAGACGUUAAUGAUAAUGCUCCAGAAUUCAUUGGUUACGACGACUUAGUUUAUCCCGACUCAGUUGGAGAGGUGCAGACAGGAAGGAAAUUGAUCACGGAUCUCGACCGCAGAAAGAUGCGGCUAUCGAAGUCGAUCCCAGUGUACAAAGCAUAUUUGAAUCGAAAUACCGUUCCUGGAACUUAUGUGAAGCAGAUUACAGCUGUCGAUAAAGAUUACACUGGAAAUGGUAAUGGACUGGUGAUGUUCUCGCUACUUCAUCAUAAGAUGCCUCAUUUGUUUGAAAUCGAUUCACGGGAUGGAGUCAUAACAACAAUUUCAAGAUUUGGACGUUACAAUGGCUAUGAACAUGUCAACUUGACGAUUAUUGCCUCUGAUCUUGGCAGUCCUUCCAAAUCUUCAACCGCUCUGUUCCUUGUCAAUCUUCAAGGAGAAGACGUUUUCGACGAGGAAGAAAUGAGCCUCUUCACCCAUAAAUACUAUGAGUUGGAAGUAGAGGAGAAUAACAACUACCCUCUGCCACUUCUUAAACUCAACGUAAGCGCGCCUUAUUCCAAGGAUACGUUCAAGUGGAGCAUCAUUGCUGAGCAGGACCAAAAUGAACUUGAUAUGUUCACGAUUGACCCAAAGAAUGGAACUUUGAUCGUAAUCAAAUCUUUGGAUCGGGAAGAACGGGAUACCUACCGACUGAAAAUUCGAGCUGAUCGGAUAUCACGAGAAAGUCGAACAUAUCAUAAACUCAAAUAUCCUGUAGCGGGCGAAAGUGUAGUCGGCUUGAUGGAGAACGAGGUCCGAGUGGUUGUCCGUGUUUCAGAUGUGAAUGAUAAUACGCCUAAAUUCAAAGGAAAUGGUCGACCAAUUGUGACUAUAAUUCCCAACACAGCAAACUUUGGAUAUCCUGUGACCCAAGUGGAGGCUUUUGAUCGCGAUUCCGGAACAAACGCGGAAAUUCGAUACAAACUUCUGAACGAGCCAUCUAGGUUAUUUGGAAUUGAUGAGAUAACUGGAAAGAUUCGGGUUUUGGGUCCAGUGAGGACUGAUCAAAGGGUAUAUGGGUUCGAUGUUAAAGCGACAGAUCGAAAGGGUGAUGAUGAUGGAAAGAGUAGUAUCGCGAAUGUAUUUGUUUAUGUAUUGGAUGAGAAUCGACAAGUGCGUCUGGUUGUUUCUGGAAAACCAAUAGAUGUGGAAAGAGAAGCUGAUAUUUUGAUGAAUUCACUCAGUGAAGCUACUGGUAUGGAUGUGAGGAUACGAUUGCUAGAACCGCAUAUUGGAGGACCGGAACCUGCAACUGAUGUUUACGUGUAUGCAGUCGAUCCCAAAUCGAAUUCUGUUAUUGAUAUGGAUGAUCUACAAAAGGCCAUGUCACUUCUCGAUAUGAAAUCUUUAUCUAUUUCACCUUCGGCGCAUGUUUUGGAACUCUCUGAACUAGGGAAGUACAGAUCAAGAUCAGGAAGCAAAGGAACUGUAUCAGCGAUGAGCGGAACUGAGCUAUUGUCAAUCAUUUUGGCUAUCGUUGUAUUCGCUGGCGGUUUGACUACAUCGUUAUGUGUAGUGUGCAUCAGAUAUAAGCGUCGCCGCAUUUUACCACCAUCCGAUGGUCGUCUUCCGCCAUACACGGUAGCCAGAGUCCCCAGCAUCUUGGGGACAGGUGGCCACAAUAGUAAAACCGCUACAACAACAACCAACAGUCCAGAAUCAAAACGAUCGCAUAACGAUUUGGCGCGGAUAUCUUCAGCGUUUUCACCUUUGAAGGCAGCCUCCAAAGGAAUCAUGUCUGCCUACGAUGAUAGACCCAGAGAGUACAUUGAUGUACCGUUACCGAAGUCAGUUAUCAGUUCGAAUCUUAAUUUAGCGGAACACGACUCAGUUUGCCUAAGAUUCAAUCAGAUACACGCAAAUAUGGGCGCUCCACAAGACACUUCAAUGCAAUCACAUAAUUCUAGCGGUCAUGACUCUGGCCUGGGUUUUGUAAACCGUGAUCAAAGUCAAACUCCACAGGAGAAAUUACUCCGAAUAAUGCAUCAACGACAAAGUACCGGUGGUGUUGAACAAUGCUCCUGCGGGCGCGUGGAUACAAGUAACUGUUGUACAGGAGAUAGUAGCGAUAGCUAUGAAGACUCCUUAAAGGACGAAGAGACUAGGAAGAGAACUUUACCAAGCAGUGGUCGAAAUCAUGGGUUUCGUCGCAGUAUUCGAAAUUCACGACCAAGACAAAUCGCCCGACAUUCAUUUUCUGGGGUUCGAGACGACCUGAUUCAACAAUCACCCCGCAUGGGACCCCGACCUCGAGGCAACAGUUUUCGUUACUCAGUUAGUGAUCUGGAACGUCGCCUCCACAAUCUGGAACAAUCGUUCCGGGAACCAUUCCACUUAAAGGGUAAUUCCAGAUGCUAGUGAUACUUCCAUAGCAACAUAGUGACAUAGGAAUAAGAGCAGAGAACGUUGAGUGUAAAAGAAAUUACCAAAUUUACAAAAUGACGGAAUGUUUGCAAUAACGCGUACCAUAACAAUUUGAUCACAAGGAUAUGUCUAAGAACAUAUUUCCACGAAGCAAAGUGUUACAAGAAGACUAUAAAAUGCAUAUUAUUUGUUCAUAUGAAUUAGAAUAUUUACCCAUGUGCCCUAAGAAUUAAUUAGAUGUAUAAGUAGUUAUUUCACCAUAAUUUGACUUGUAAAAUAUGUAGUUGGAACUGUACAUAUUAUCGUGAUUAAGUUAAUUUUAGCAUAUAUGUAUUGAAGAUGUAAAUAGUUCAUACUCACAGGAAAAAAAUACAA